CAGCGCUUGACCGAGGCACAGUCUACCUUUUAACGGGAGCCCAACCGAAAACACCCCGACGGUAUACACACGCCCGACACUCCCAAUCCGCGAUUCCCAUUUCUCAAUUCAAUCAUCGCAAACCCGCAAAUUUCAAACCUAACACAGGCAUCAAGGAAUCAAUGAUUAUCAUCCCAUCUAAUAAACCAAUAAACCUCCACCAACAUCGCAAAAAUGCCCCAACCCCAACCCCCACGCCCACGCCUGACAACGCUCCAGAAAAAGGCCAACCACAUUGCCUCAGAGCAAAAGCGCCGCGAAGCAAUCCGCAAGGAAUACGACAAACUUGCCGCCCUGGUCCCGGGUACCGAGGGCAUGGGCCGCAGCGAGGCCCUAGUGCUCGAGCGUACUAUCAAGUAUAUGCGCGACCAGAUCAAUUAUCGCUAUCAGAUGCUAGCUAAUGCGAAGCGCAUGGGAGUUGAUGUGAGUAAGUGGGAGUUAGACGAGAAGGUGAAGGAGGGAAUGCGGAGGUGUGAGGAGCAGGAUGUGUUGAGGGCCGAGAUGGAGGCGGAGGAUCAGGCUGCUGAAGGGAAAGUUGAGUAAAAGCUAUUAACUCGGAUAUAAUGGAAUGUGAUGUGGUGUAAUGUGAUGCAACGAGGAAGUAAAAUGCAGCUGCUGGUUAGCUGGCUGUUCUUGUUCUCGGUAUGGCCUCUUUGAACUCAUGAUGUGGGAGGUUUUUUGCUGUUCGAGAUUUACAGUAGGAGUUCAGAGGUUACGUCAUGUAUCCUGCAGUCUUAAUCACCUUCACAGAGCUAACAGCUCGUUUAGCCUACGUUGGCACUAGACUUUCCCAACCGCUGUCACUGUAUAUUAUAUCAUACUGAAUCGAGCUUUCAAAAUUACAUACUCUUCAGAUCUUCGCGUUGCAGGUCGAUCGCUUUAGUGCCCUGCAGAUACUUUCUUGGUUAAGUGACGUUGCGUCAACGAGCCGCGGCACAACUC